AUAAAAUAAAAAUUCUUUGGUGGGUUUUUGAUUCUACUAACAUUGUGAUUCUUACGAUUUACUUUACUUGCUUUCAAGAUUGAUUCACGUAUAAGAAGCAGAGAAUUCAACACAUUCCAAUGGGAAAUAUAAGCCAUGAAGAACAAGAACUCAGAGAGAUAGAGAAUUUGGAGAGAGAAGACGUAGAAAAAGCUGGAGUUGAUUUAGAAGAUGCAAGUGGAAUAGCACCAUGGACACAACAGAUCACAGUUAGAGGACUGAUAACUAGCGUCAUUAUUGGCUUGAUUUAUAGCGUCAUUGUGUUGAAACUGAAUCUCACAACUGGUUUAGUCCCUAAUCUCAAUGUUUCAGUUGCACUUCUUGGUUUUGUGUUCAUUAAACUUUGGACUAAGAUUCUUGAGAAAGCAAAUAUUGUUUCAAAACCUUUCACUAGACAGGAGAAUACCAUUAUUCAGACUUGUGCUGUUGCAUGCUACAGUGCUUCUUAUGGAGGUCAUUAUUAUGAAUUUUUUUUUGUUUUUUCAGUUCAAUAUCUUUCUGUUUAUAGUUUUUUGAAUUUUACUUGUUUAUAUUUAGGUGGUUUUGGAUCUUACCUCUUGGGUUUGAAUCGGAAGACAUACGAGCGAGUCGGAGGGGCUAGUACACCGGGGAAUACUUCUGACACCAAGGAGCCUGGAAUUGGCUGGAUGACUGGCUUUCUCCUUGUUACUUACUUUGUUGGGCUAACAGCAUUAAUUCCUUUUCGAAAGAUGAUGAUAAUAGAUGCUAAAUUACCUUAUCCAACUGGAAAUGCUACAGCUGUUCUUAUUAAUGGAUUCCAUACUCCUAAAGGAAAUGUCAUGGCCAAGAAGCAGGUUAAGGGUUUCAUGCGGUUCUUUUCGUUCAGUUUGCUUUGGUCUUUCUUCCAAUGGUUCUAUACUGGUGGAGACCAAUGCGGAUUCGCUCAGUUUCCUACUUUCGGGUUGAAAGCAUGGAAAAACACAUUUUACUUUGAUUUCAGCAUGACUUAUGUUGGAACAGGAAUGAUUUGUUCACAUCUUAUCAAUUUAUCAUUGCUUUUUGGAGCUGUAGUUUCAUGGGGCAUUAUGUGGCCACUGAUCAGAGUUCUAAAAGGAAAUUGGUUCUCUGGAAGUUUACCAGAAAGCAGCAUGAAGAGUCUUAAUGGUUAUAAGGUUUUUAUUUCCAUUGCAUUAAUCCUUGGUGACGGACUCUACAAUUUUAUCAAAGUUAUAUAUUUUAGUACCUUAAAUUUUCAAGCCUGCAUGAAAAGGAGGAAUCAAAUAACAUGUUCAGUUACAGAUUAUAACCGGAACAAAACUCCAGACGAUCUUACCCGCGAUGAAUUCUUUAUAAAAGAAAGUGUUCCAAUAUGGUUAGCAUGUGCAGGGUAUGUAGUACUCACCUUAAUCUCCAUCAAUGUUAUCCCUUUAAUAUUCCAUCAAGUGAAGUGGUACUUUGUGGUGAUAGCUUAUCUCCUAGCACCGAUUCUUGGCUUCUGCAAUGCUUAUGGUACUGGCUUAACUGACAUGAACAUGGCUUAUAAUUAUGGGAAAGUAGCACUUUUCGUUCUUGCAGCUUUAGGAGGGAAAAGUGAUGGUGUUGUUGCUGGACUUGUAGCAUGUGGAAUAAUAAAAUCAUUUGCUUCAACUUCAUCUGAUUUAAUGCAAGAUAUGAAGACCGGUCAUUUAACUUUAACUUCGCCGAGGUCAAUGCUUGUAACACAAGCAAUUGGUACAGCAAUAGGUUGUGUUAUUGCACCACUCACAUUCUUUCUUUUCUACCAUUCGUUUGAUCUUGGAAACCCUAAUGGUGAAUACAAAGCACCAUAUGCUAUCAUCUUUAGAAACAUGGCAAUUCUUGGUGUUGAAGGCUUUUCAGCACUACCAAACCAUUGCUUGAAAUUCUGUUAUGGGUUUUUUGCAUUUGCUGUGUUGGUUAACUUUAUAAGAGAUUGGAACCCUAAGAAUAUUGGGAAAUGGGUCCCACUUCCUAUGGCAAUGGCUGUUCCUUUUGUUGUUGGUGCUUACUUUGCGGUUGACAUGUGUGUGGGAAGUUUAGUUGUGUUUGUUUGGAGUAAAUUGAAAAGAAAGGAAGCAAAUUUGAUGGUUCCGGCUGUUGCUUCUGGUUUGAUUUGUGGAGAUGGGAUAUGGGUUCUUCCUUCAACUGUUCUUGCUUUGUUUAAGGUUCGUCCACCAAUUUGUAUGAGCUUUGUUGUAAAUAAGUAGAAGAUUUCUCGAAGAACUUUAGACUAAAUAUGUGUAGUUUAUAAAGGUCUUGUUUAAAGGAGAAUGUAGAUCUUAUUUGAAAGACUUA